AAGAAGCGCGCCAUUGGAGGGUUCCGCGGAGGUGUUGUUGGGUUUUUGCUGGGUGUAACGACAGCCGGAGCGUUCGGGUUUGUGUAUCUGAUUGAGGAGUACCAGAAGGCCACAGGGCUUGUUCUGAGCUCCGUGGAGGAGCUGGAGCAGUCGUCGGCGAAAGUCAAGCAGUACGUGAAGAAGAUCGAAGCGGUCGAGCGUGAACUGCAGAAACUGCGCGAAACCGGAGCCACCACGCAGCAGGUUGCGCAGCUGAAGGCUGACUGGCGCAAGCAGAACGAUGUUUUGGCCCGCGACCAUCUCGAGCUCAAGGCCCACGUGUGGGAAAUCGAGCAGGAUGUG